UGCUUUUAUUGCUUAGGAGGUGUGACCACUUAUUUCUCGGGUAAGUGGUUGCAUAGUUUCCUUGUGAUCAUAAAAGAAAUGCCUUAUCGACAGAGAGCAAUCGUACAUAUGUAAAAGAAAAAGAAUCUAUUCAAUCUGUUUCUAUAACAUCUUAAACUUUUAAAAUAUUUUUAUAAUGGCCAGUAACUUGAUGUAAGCCACCCUCAUGAAUAAACUUUAAAGUUAUUUUUGAUAUUGUGCACAAACAAAGAGUAAUGUCAGGGUAAUCAACACUCCGUAGAUUUGAUUUAUCAAAGAUCUCCUAAUUUUACCUAUAAAUUCCAAGAAUUUAUUUAGAAUGUACUAGAAUUAGAUCUUAUCAACAAACGUGAUUUAUAUUGAUAUUCGUCUCUCCUAAAAUGGCAAAAAAAAAUCUCAGGAAUAAAAAAACCUGCUAUAAUAAUACCAAAUUAGAAAUUUAGUCUUUAAAAACGAAUUUUGUUCACAUCAAGCUCGUAAUAAUUGAAUCCUAACAGAUUUCAUUUUGGUUCCCGUUACCUUUUAAAUUAUAUCUCCUGUUUUUUUCUUCCUGGCUUGGUAAUUACUUCUGCUUGUUGUUAAGAAGUGAUAGCUAAUAAAUUAAUAAAUUAAAUAAACGUGUAAUCGCGUAAUUACUUUUUAUUUCGAAGGGCUUAUACGUGCAUAUUUCCCACUUAAAGAUUUUUUUCUUAUUGUGAUGAAGGUAAUAAACGAUGAAUGCUGUAUUUUUUUGUAUUGUAUCUCCAUGACACCGUCAUAGUGGUGGUAUUGCUAAUUUCUGUAAUAACGUAGCAUGAGCCAAAAGUGUUUUUAAUAUUCAAGAGGAAAUAAAGAAAUAUAUAAUUUUCAUUCACAUAUUAAUUUUCGUCGCGUUUAAAGAACUUGAAAUUAAUUUGUAAUAAUGUUUUUGAAAUAUUAAUCCUGAAGUGGGUGAGAGUGAUAAAACUCGUUGAAUCUAAAAUGGUAAAAUAUUCAUCCACAACUACGCUUAUACUUACCAUUUUGCUUUUUGGUAUUUGUCAUUGUGAUGUCGAGACUUGCGUUGGAGCCAACAAAUUUGGAACUACAGAUGGGACCAUGCGACUCAUUGGUUUAUUUCCCAUCACAAAAUCAUCCGCAGAAGAAUUUGCUUCGAAUGCGUUGUUAUGGUCCGAGGUGUUUCGAUACAGUGUGAAAACAUUUAACUUGAAAAUACACGCAAAAAACGUUUUUGAUUACACAUGUUACGAUAUAUGCGGACCAGGAAAGUUGAACGGUGUAACUGAUGCUGUUGUUGAUAUUAUUUUAUCCGAAUCUACUGUUCAGUUAGAUGGUUGCCAGUGUUUACAAAGUAAAGCUGCGAUACAAAAUGUUAUAGGUAUAGUUGGACCAACCACGUCUUCAAAGUCAGUUUACGCUAAUGAAAUCCUUUCAUUUACGAACAUGCCAAUGAUCAGUUACGCGGCGACUAGUCCAGUAUUAAGCAAUAAAAAUCUUUAUCCGAAUUUCCUUCGAACUGUUCCUCCAGACACGUUGCAAGCAAGAUUGAUUGGGGAAUUAUUUGUUAAGUUUCGAUGGACGUAUGUGUCUAUUAUUACUACUGACAGUUCUUACGGAAGGACGGGGAAGUCCGCUUUAAAUGAAGAAUUUCAACAUAAGAACAUUUGUGUGGCAGUUGAUGAGUAUUUUAGGGUACCUUACUAUGCUCAGGAAGCAAGUCCAAUCAUGGAAAAAAUAAAAAAAGAAACUUUAGCCGACGUGAUUAUUCUCUGGGGAUCUUUCUCACCAGUAAAGCAUUUUCUUCAAGAUGCCCUAGAAAAGGGCAUUCGAAAUAAAACUUGGAUUAUCAGCGAAGCUUCUGGAAGAAACAUUUGGUUCGCACAGGAAGAAAAUAAAAAGUUGGGUAAUUUUAUUAUUAUAAGUCCGGUGAGUGGAUCGAAUCAAGAAUUUGAAAGAUAUUUCUUUAACCUCAGUAUAUCUGUUGUCAAAAACCCAUGGCUAAAAACAUUUUUUCAGUACCAACGUGCGAAUGACAGCGCAAAGUUAGGAGACUAUAAAGAAUUUUUCGACACAGCUCGAGUUGGUUUUAUACAAGAUGCUGUGUCUGCUUAUAUGCAUGCUUAUUUGGAGUAUGUAAAUGCUACUCAAGCGUGCAAUAUGUUGAUUUCUCCAUGCAAUGCAACACCUAUCUUUGACCACAGUUACUUUAACGAAUUCUUUUUAAAAAAUAUUACAUUUGAAAGUUUGCUUAACAAGACUGUCCGAUUUGACAAAAAUGGGGACGUAACUUCGGCUUCUUUCUAUCUCUAUUCAGUCGCAUCGCAAAAAUCCAAAGCGAGAUUUGUCAACAUAGCGAUAUGGUCUUCCGACGCUAACUUCACAUAUGUCGAUCCUACUUUAUACUUGCUUUCGAAGUCCGUGCAUUCGAAGUGUGCUGAUGAUUGUGAGGCAGGUUUUUAUCCGAUAUACCAUGGUUCAAAAUCUUGUUGUUGGAGUUGUGUUGCAUGUCCAUUAAACUAUAUGAAAAGUACUACUGGAGCAAGCGAAUGCAUAAAAUGUCCUGAUGAACAAGUAUCGAACAUGAAGAGAAAUCGUUGCGUUGCCUUGAAUGUAGAAGCUCUCCAUUAUGACAGUAAAGAGGCUUAUGUGAUGUACGUGUUUGUAUUAUUGGGGAUGAGCACAACAGCAUGGUUCAUUGUCACUUUUAUAAAGUUUAAGCAUACACCAGUUGUGAGGUCAUCCAACUUUGAAUUAUCACUAACGCAGUUGUCAACGCAUCUGCUAUUGUUUGCAUGUCCUCUCCUGUUUUUGCACGAUGACUCAAAAUUAAAAUGUUCUGUGCGUGUGUACAUGUCAUGUUUGUUGGUUGUCAUCAUUUUGUCAAUAACGUUGGUCAAGAUUACCCACAUACUGGGGAUAUUUAAGCUGAUGUACAUUCAAACAAAAGCGCAAGUAUUUCAAAGAAAAAGCAAAGAGCUGCUGAUCAUUGCUGCAGCUGUUUUCAUGCAAAUCUGUUUAGCUGUCGGCUCGUUCGCAUUUAGUCCGAUUGAAGUAAUCGACGACAGAAGGGUGGAAGAAUAUAAGAUCUACAAAAAAUGCAACGAUACAGAACAUCUUUUAUUGCAAGUGGUUUAUAUUCUACUUCUGCAGAUUAUUUGUGGAGUACAAGCGUUUCGUGGAAGAAACUUACCAUCGAAGUACAACGAAGCCAAAUACUUAGCUUUUGCUAUGUUUUCCUCCACGUUGUUGGUAGGCGUGACUUUCCCUUUAUAUAUGAGCAUGACGACUGUUACCAAAGUACAGCUUUUGUUUGGUAUGGUGAUGAUCGUGUCAAACUUCCUUAUACUGACUAUAUCGUACGGAUUUAAAAUCUUUGUCGUGUGGUUCCGGCCGGACCAGAAUUCGCACAACAAGUUUAGUAGAAAUAGAAUGAAAUCAGUUAUAAGUUUGACACGAAAACAAUUAGAUAAAAGAGAAUCUGUGUUAUCUUUAGGUUAGGGAAUUUUUCUAAAAUUCAUAUUUUCUUAACAUUCAGUUAAAUUUUUGAGUACGAUAUAUUUGGAACACGCGAUUACUCUUUUUUGAGGAGAAAGUAUUGUGGGCGUCCAUAAAAGGACGUGCUUUUAGCAAAUACUUCACCUGUUGUAGAAGUGUCUUACUUUGUUCAUUUUUUCCAAGUGAGACAAGGUUUUUUUAGCGGUGUUUAAAAUUCAUAUUUUGCACAUUGAGAAUUUUAGAAUUAAGAUAGUAAUUUGACUUUCGAAUUAUGGUUGACAAGUUGGACUCUAAACCCCUUGUUCUUGGAAUCGAAGUGCUAAAAUGUAAGGACGUUAUUUGAAAUUCCGAAAUAUGUCAAACGCAAGUAAAUUAUAAAACGACAAGAGGUUGACAACAAGGGUGAUAUCCUAAUUCUGAAAUUUUGUAUUGAAAAAGUUACCGUCGUAGUAUUUUUGGGGGCAAAUGAAAUUUCUAGUGAUACGCUCAAUCAAAACAAAUUUUUGCUUGCGAGGUUCACAAAACAGAUUUGCUUUCUUAAAUUCUAUUUAAAAAUUGUUGCUGCGCAGAAAGAACAGGAUUUCUCAACUGUAAAAAUUUUUUCCACAAAAUGCUUCUCAAACUUUGACCUUGUUAAGAGAGAACAGUGUAAAGAUUUCUGAGGUCGAGAACAAAGUUUUUGGUGUUACAUUUUCACGAAUUCCACGAAGAUUAUUUUCUGUAAAUAAACAGUUUAAACAAUUCUGCAAGAUAAAUUUCAAGAUCUUAUAUAAAAACAAAACAGAUAUGAACCUAGUUUUUAAGAACAUUUUGGUUGAAAUGGUACUGAGAAUUAAGCACUUUCACAGAUUCUUUCAAAAAAUAGUGUCUUUAAAAAAAGCUUUUUCUAAGAAGAGUUUGAUAAACUACGUGCACUAUUAAUUUAUACCAAUGUACGAUUAUUGACAGUCAGUAAGAGAGAAAGUAGUGACAGAAGGAGUGCAACAGUUACGUAAUCACAACAGCCAUUAGUAAGUUCGCUAAUAAUAUGAUUGCAGUUUUGCGCGUAUCCUGAAAAAAAAACGAAGAAUUUUAAAAUCAACGUUACAUUUUAUUUUAUUGCUGAGUAAAAAAGUUUAAUUUACAACAAAAUUUUCACAUACAGCUAAUCUGUAAAAAUAAUUCUUUAAUAUGUGAAAUACGCUAAAAGCAAGUCUUAAUUUAUUUAUUUAUUUAUUUUUUUGAUUUAUAUCGCCAAUAAAAUUUAAUGUAUGAUAUCUCUCAUCAGGUUUUUUGAGGACUUGAAAACAUAGAAAAGCCAACGAAUGGCUGUCGCUUUAUAUAUAUUCAGUCAUUUUUAAGAUCAGUAUUAGUUUUAUAAGUCCUGAAAAAAUUAUUGUAUUAAAAAUGUCAACAAAAUAAAAAGUUGAAAUCGACUUAUAUUUUUUCAGGUACAAAAGCCUAAAUCUAUUAGUGUCUAAUCCCAUUUAAUUAAAGGUCAAACAGACCUGGUUAAAAAGGAUCGUAGGAUUCAAGCUAUUAAAUUGUGUAUUAACCAAGAACUUUCAUAAUUCGCAUAUAGCAAAUCCAUUUUCGAAAAAAAUAUCUGAAACUUUUGAAUUUCUUUUUUCUUUUCUUUUGUUUUUAUGUGACGAUACAUCGCUUUCAUCACUAUCAUAGCCAGCAUUAUCAUGUUCGUAAAUGGAAUUCAUGGGUAACGAUAAACGGCUUGAGGUUGUACUAUUAUUACUAGCCGCGUGUUUAUUCCGCAGCACGUUUGGCAGUAAAUUCGUUUCCCGGCUAUCUAUUACAGGAGUCAAACUAUAUCUGGCGUUAGGAUUCAUCACUGAAAGACUUGCCGUGCUAGCUUUAGAUAACUUUCGAUCUGUGUAAGACAAACAACUCUCGAUUCUUUCUUGCAUAAAUAC